UGUAAGCGAGAUUUCCUGAAGUUCUUCCUGAAUUCCCGGUAUUUCGAAAGACUCGAUGAUGAGAUACGGCAGCGUGUUCAACGGCCCAGAGAGGCAUUUAAGGACUAUGUACUAGCGCUACAAGGGCUAAUGCGUCAUUCCGACUAUACGGAGGCACAAAAGCUUCGACGCAUCUAUAAGAACUGCCGAAGCGAAUACCAGCUGUAUAUUAAGCAAACUGAAUUCAACACUCUUGGAGAUUUGGUAAGUCUGGCCGAAGACUACGAGAAUAUUGUAGCAGAGAAGGAGUCGCAACGAGCAUUGCCCCGCGCAAUAACCCCGAGACGAAAUGAGGAGCGCAACUACACUAUCCGAGAGGAGCAGCGAAGAGAGAGGCAUACGAUGCCAGCCAGACGGCACGAUGGAACCGAUUUUGCGCCACCUACGGAACACCAACGUAAAAGCGAAGGAUCUAGCCGAGUAAACCCACGAACGGCGUGCAGACGAUGCGGCGAAGACGGACAUUUCGCCUACGAAUGUCGCAACGAUAUCCAGCAAUUCUGUUGGACGUGUGGUCGGCGGAACAUUCGAACUUCAGACUGUUGCCGUGGGAAACAGGGAAACGGCCAAGGACCCCAUUCGCGAAGAAGAGUGGGGUCUCCACUAAUGUAACCUCAGUCAAUGUAACACCAAUUCUUAAGCAAGCGGAAGGGCGAGUAAUCGCCAGAGCAACAGUGGAUGGUAGAGCAGUAUUAGCGGCGGUUGAUACGGGAGCAACAAGAAGUUUUGUAAGCAUUAGAGCAGCGAACACCCUGGGAAUCGAGCGGUCACGAAGAGUGAACAAAAGAGUGGUGAUGGGAGAUGGCAGACCAAUAGCGGUCACAGAAGCGAUAGAGGCGGUAGUAAAGGUGGGCGAUCAAGAGCAUAGGAGCGAGUUACUCGUCCUACCAGGUUUAGUCGAUGACAUGGUCCUUGGGACUGACUACCUGGCAAAGGCCAACACAACAGUGAGCUGCGGAGGGCAGACAUUGACGAUGAAGGCAGAGGACGACAUUCGAACGAAGGCUGCAUGUACCACGAUGUUAGAGGUGCGCGAAGUAGAGAGAGCUGAGGAAGGCGAAAAGGCUGCAAAUGAACAACCCACAUCCACCGAGGAUACGAUGGAAGUCGAAAAUUUCUUAAAGAAGGAGUUGCUCGCAUUCGAGAAGAUGACGGGGACGACAAACAUCGCCGCCCAUAAGAUUAUAAUGCGAGAUGAUCGACCCAUAAAACAGCGCUACUUUCCCAAAAACCCGAAAAUGCAGGAAGUAAUAAACAGGGAGGUCGACGAAUUAAUAGAGAAGCAGUGCAUCGAGCCCUCGCAUAGCCCACACAGCGCGCCAAUCGUGCUCGUAAAGAAGAAAAACGGAAAGUGGAGACUUUGCGUGGACUAUCGGCAACUUAACGCGCGCUCGGUACCGGAUGCGUACCCACUCCCACGAAUCCAACACAUUUUGGAUCGACUGAGAAGCGCUAAAUUCAUUAGCAGCCUGGACUUGAAGAAUGGGUAUUGGCAAAUCCCGAUGGAAGAGAGUAGUAAGGAGUAUA